CACAGCCGCUCCAAGUUCAACGGUAUUUCCCCGAAGCCACACCCACGACCCAUGAUGCAAUGGGACGCCGCCCCGCCCCUUUCCGAUAUGGCCUUUCCGUCACCGAACAGGAGGCGACGACGUUGCCCACAAGAAAGAUGGCGCCGCAAGCAUCGAGACGUAGGACGCUGGGGGCGUGGCCUGAGAGCCUCGUCGCCCCGCCCUAACCCGCCUUCGUUCUACCCGCGGCCACAGCUCUAGAAGUGUCCUGAGUGCGCGCUUGCGCCGUGCGCCCAGCAGCUCCAGGGAAGGAGUUUGUGCUUGGGCUAAGUGGCCGUGGUGCGUGAGGGAAGCACAGGAGUGGAGGUGGGACCUAGGGAGGCCCUGCUGCAGGUGCGGGUCCCACCCACGGCAGGUUUUGUUCUUCCCCCGGCAGCCCCCGCAUGGAGAAGCCGGCUCUCUGGGGGGCCAGGAAGAGAAAGCCGUCCCCGCCUGCCUCAGGAACCUCCCCAAAGCUGCCCCGAACCUGGGCUUCCCUCCUGCUCCUGCCCGAGGACCCCGACCCGGAUGCUGAACAGGAGGCCCAGCCAGAGGGGGCCGCAGGGAGGACCCCCAUGUCCUCCCUGGGCAGCGGGGAAGCGCUGGACCUCUCGGUCAGCAGGCAGUGGGCUGGGGCAAUGGUCGGCGCCGGGGCUGGCCAGGAGGACCUGGGCUUGCUCCAGCGCCACAGCCUGACGGAGGGCCAGAAGAGGGGCAUUUUGGGCGGCCGGUGGCUGCCCCCGUCCAGUUUCCAGUUCCCCAGGAGGCUGAUGGGCUCGGGAGCCGGCCAGAAGUACCGGCGGUGCAGCGUCCAGCUCCUCCAGGACUACCCGUUCGCCCACUACUCCAGGCACCUGGACGGCGUCUUCUGCGGCCCCUGCUUUGUGUUUAGCAGCAACAAAGAGGCCAUCCUGGUGUCGACCCCUUUGAAGGACUGGUCCAACAGCAAGAAGAUCCUGGAGAGGCACAGCAGGUCCAAAGAGCACGGCUGGGCGGCCCUCCAGACCCAGGCGUUUGCGGCCGUGGAGCACAAGAAGCAGCUGGCCGAGAGAGGCCAGCACGCCCUGAAGCAGAUGGUCAGGAUGGUCCUUCUGUGCGCAAGGCAGGACCUCUCGCUGGGCGGCAGGCUCCCCGUCACCAAGGCCUUGGACGCCCUUUCUCGGUCCCUGGCCGAGCUGGACCCACUGCUGAGGGAGGGCCUGAGCCAGGCCCCCUGCGGGACCCCAGGCGCCCCAGAACAGCUGCAGGAGCAGCUCAUCCAGCUGAUUGGCCUUCAGAUUCAGGACAGAGUCCUGGCCAGGGUGAGGGCGGCCGGCUUCUUCAGCCUCCUAGUCGAUAUGUCUGUCCAGAAGAACGUCAUCCUCUCCCUGCGCUACGUCCACUGGAGCCGAGAAGGCCGGGUGGAGAUCCGGGAAGACCCCGUAGAGUUUGUGGGGGCUUCCGACCUGCCGGAGGGGAGCCUGGCCGAGCUCUGCCUGCAGAGGAUUACAGCCUGGGGUCUGCGGAAGGAGCUCGCGCGGGGCUUCAGCUACCACGGCCCCCGGAGCGGGCAGCUGGCCCGGAUCCGCGAUGUACUUCCCAAGGCCAUCUCCUCGGCCUCCACAAAGCACCAGAUGACCACUGCCAUCCUCCGCUCCUGCAGCCUGCGGCCAGUCACCAAGUUUCUGGACACACUGACCAAAGUUUCCCUGGUGUUGACGUCAUCAGCAGAGCGCCUUAGCCCUCAAUCCCCAGCACUAAAGGCCUUCCUAGAUGGCGAUAGCGACCCUGGAGAGGAAGAGGAGGAGAAGGACCCCCCUCAGGAGGUGGUGGGGGGCAGAGAGGGCCCCCAGGGUCCUCCCCCAGUGCAUCUGCUCAGCUCCUUCCGAAGCGAGUAUCCGGCCAUCCUGGAGGCUCUGUGCAAGAUGGCAGAGGACCAUGGAGAUGCCGAAAGGCUCUUUUUCUCCAUCACUCAGUUCGACUUUCUGGUGGCCUUGGUCUGUGUCGAGUCCGUCCUUUCGUGCAUGAAGCCCCUUCAGUUAGACCUACAGCGGGGGGAGAACGAUCUCAUCCAUCUCUCCAAGGAGGCUCAGCUUGUCCUUCAGAGGUGCCAGAAGAUGAGGGACAAGGAGGACCCCGAGUUCACAUUGCUUUAUGACGACGUGAGAGGCUUAGCGGCGAGUGUGGGGGUGGCAGAGGCCCCACCACGGAUCUGUGGCCGGCCCGUGUCCCUAGAGGCUUUCAGCACGGAGGACCUCCACGAGGGCUACAGGACGUCCUUGUUUGUCCCAUUUCUAGACCACGUCAUUGCCGAGCUCCGGGAGCAGCUGCUGGAGUGCUCGCCUCGCUUCCUGGCCCAGCUCCUCGUCCCCGACAGGCUGCCUCUGCUGGAGGGUGAAGGGGCCGAGGCAGCGCUCUACGACGCAUUCCAGGGAGACAUCCCUGACUCGGAUCAUUUUCACGAAGAGUUGCAGAGGUGGAGGGCGCGUUGGAUGGAAGUCCCCCGGAAGGAUUGGCCCUGCAGCCUCCUGGCUGCCCUGCAGUACCUGAGCCCGGGCUGCUACCCCGGCAUCCACACGGCCCUCUCAGUCCUGGCCACCAUGCCCAUCGGCGGCCCUUCUGGGGAGCAGUCCUCCCAGGUGCUACGGAGAGCCAAAACGUGGCAGAGAAGCCCAGGGAAGGGAAGCCGGCUCACAGGCCUGGCCCUGAUGGACGUCCAUCGGGACAUGGAGGUGGACACAGACCAAGUGUUGGGGGAUCUCCAGGCACUGGCGAAGGGGGCCCUCGAGGUGAAACCACUCCUGUAAUUUGGGGCAGGUGCCAGGAAGUCGCACCUGUACCUGGAAGCCUGGGGCUCACGUCUGAGCUCGUUUCAGAGCUUUGGUUCUUUGGAAGGAACCUCCGAGAGAUGGGCAGAGCUGCCCAGAAGGAGGAGACAGGCUAUCCUCAGAGGGUUCUGCUGGCCUCACCCAAAGCACUGUCUAGAACUACAUCUUCUUAGCUACAACACAGAAAAGGAAGUUCCUAAAACUACACAAAGUCCUGUGAAUUCCCUUUUAUAACCUGCAGUGAUCUGGGAAAGAGAGGCACAGAAGGAGACAUUCGGUACUUACCAUGCACCCAGAACAAUAAAAUAACAGCAAAUGGAGCACAAAGUGGAGUCUGCUGAAUUCCCCCUUCUUAGGUCAUGUAUUCAUGUUUAGAGGCUGCUGGGUGGUGCAGUGGUUAGAGAGCUGGACAUGGAAUUGGGAAAACCUGAAUCUGAAUCCUACCUUUGCCAGAUACUUGGAGUGUGACCUUAGACAAGUCACUUCACCAAGCCCUCUGGUUCCAAAUGUACGGUCUGCUUUAGUUAAAGCGCCACCCUUUAUAGUGAAAGGGAGAAGAUCUAUCUUUGUAUGGGACAAGGGAAGGUCUGUAGCCUGCUUUGUCCCCUAGAGUCUUGUUAGAGAGUUGCCAGGGAAUAAUAGGAAGCUAAGGGACUUGCCCAGGGUCACACAGCCUGCAUGGGUCAGAAGCAGGACUUGAACCCCCGGCUUUGAGAUCCAUUCUGCUACCCACUCUUAUGUGCUUCCUUUUUCUUUUAUAUCAUCUAGAGGUUAUAAGCGUGAUGCCUAAUGCUUGAUUGGGUUGGGGUUUGUAAAUCUUAAAAUUUCUCAGACUUAUGAAUGUUAAAAAUUUCCACAUUGGGGAAUUCUCCAUUGGAACAAUUCCCUACUGGGAACAUUCCCCAUUUUGACAGUGAGAACUCUACUUGGAUCAGAAAUGGGAGGACCUCUGCUCCACCUGUACUUGGGACUGCUUUGGGGGAGAGAACUCCUUGCUAAACAAUGAAAGUACUUAAACCCAUACUUAUAAUGAGGCAAAAAGUUCUUUAAGCCAUGCCUAUUUUUAGAAGUAAUACAAAGGGGUGCUAAGUACCUGUUAAAGGUCAGGCAACUUGUAAACUUGCCAGGAGCAAAGAGGUGAAAACUUAUUCAGAAGUUUUUUUUCUGGUACAAACUUACUAAAGGGAUUAGUUGACCCAGCAGUGUUUUUAGAAUGGGCUGUCCCUUGGAAAACGCCUACUGUGAUUGGUAGAUGGAAGAACUUAGGGGAGGUGACAUAGGAGAAAACCCCCUAUAUAAGAAAGAGAUUCUCUUGAGAAGGAAUCUCUGAUGAGGAUUGCUUGAGGAGAAUCUCUUGAGAGAGGCUCUGGAGAAGGGAAGCUCUUGGAGGACAAUCUCUAAGGAGGUCUCGCUGGAGCUCCUCUGAGGGGACUCAGUCCCUCUGGAGGCUCUGGAGAGAGGCCCUUUGAAACAGUCUCUGGCUGGAACUCUCUCUGAGGAGACUCUGUCACUAGAAUCCUUGCCUAGACAGACCGUGUGGUGAGUGAUAAAAGACUGACUGACUAAUCUCUCUCUUAAGACUCAGGUCUAGGCCAUGUUGGCUUAAGGCCCUUCAUACUUAUUUCCUUUUUCUCUCUUUCUCUCUUUCUUUAAAUUCCUCAUUUGUAUGAAUUAAAAUCUCUAUAAAACCCAGUUGACUUGGGUAUAUUUCAUAAUGGGGAAUAUUUCCCUGGCGACCACCUUAUAUUUGAUUUAAAACAAGACACUGUAGUGAAACAUAUUUUCUGUGGUCACAAUUUUACUCACCCACUCUUAUAUCUACUAUAAUUUAUAUCUUCCACUAUUUUAAUCACUACAGUUUAUGACUUCAACUAUUUUAACUCUUACAAUUUAUGUCUCCCACUCUUUUAACUGCCACAGUUUAUGGCAGACAACUAUUUUAAUUAUAACAGGUUUUUCAUUUGAGAUGAUGCCCUGCCUGUUUGCCCUCUUUCCUUUGGGAGAGUAAAUACGAUAGAAAUGGAAAACAGAACAUUUAUAAAAGCUGUUGACAAAUAGAGGUUGCUUCGAGCCA